CAGCGUGUUACAGGAAGUGACGUAUACAGCACAUUUCCGCUUUCUUUCUGCAGGAGGAACUGUUGGCGGCUGGGCAAGGGGGGCGCGGUGGAUAUUGACCUUCGCUCCUGCCUCGUGUAGCAUUGAGGCACAGCGCAUCUUCCCGAAGCCAGUUUCCUCCCACGGAACCUGUUUCCGGACUCCGAGUCUUUGCCGAAAUGUUACUGUUGCUGUUGCUGCUCCCGGUGUGCUGGGCCGUGGAGGUCAAGCGGCCCCGGGGCGUCUCUCUCACCAACCAUCACUUCUAUGAUGAGUCCAAGCCUUUUACUUGCCUGGACGGUUUGGCCACCAUCCCUUUCGAUCACGUCAACGAUGACUACUGUGACUGCAAGGAUGGCUCAGAUGAGCCAGGCACGGCCGCCUGUCCUAAUGGCAGCUUCCACUGCACUAACACUGGCUACAAGUCCUUGUACAUCUCUUCCAGAUGGGUCAAUGACGGAGUUUGUGACUGCUGUGACGGGACGGAUGAGUACAAUAGUGGAAUCAUCUGUGAGAACAUCUGCAAAGAGAAGGGCCGUAAGGAGAGAGAGACAUUGCAGCAGAUAGCAGAGGUUACCCGUGAGGGGUUCCGCCUGAAGAAGAUCCUUAUUGAGGAGUGGAAGAAGGCCCGCGAGGAGAAGCAGCAAAAGCUUGCUGAGCUACAGGCCGGAAAAAAGUCCCUGGAGGACCAGGUGGAGAUGCUGCGGGUGGUGAAGGAGGAGGCCGAGAAGCCAGAGAAGGAGGCCAAAGACCAGCACCAGAAGCUGUGGGAAGAGCAGCAGGCUGCUUCCAAGGCCCAGCGGGAGCAGGAGUUGGCAGCCGCUGCCUUCCAGGAGCUGGACGAUGACAUGGAUGGGGCGGUCUCCCUGGCUGAGCUACAGACCCACUCAGAGCUGGACACCGAUGGGGAUGGGGUGCUAUCAGAAGGGGAAGCCCAGACCCUGCUUGGGGGAGAUGUGCAGAUGGACGCUGCCACCUUCCACGACCGUGUCUGGGCUGCCAUCAGGGACAAGUACCAAUCAGAGGUGCUGCCCACUGACCCACUGGCGCCAUCUGUGCCUGACGUGAUGGAGCCCAGAGAGGAGCAGCCCCCGCUGCCCUCACUGCCCACAGAGGAAGAGGAAGAGGAGGAGGAGGAGCUGGAGGAGGAAGAAGAGGAGGAGGAGGGGGAUUCCCAGGUGCAGGGGGAGCAGUCCAAGGAGUCCCCACCCCCACUCGUGCCCCCCCAACCAGCCAGCCCCACUGAGGACAAAAUGCCACCCUACGACGAGCAGACACAGGCCUUCAUCGAUGCUGCCCAGGAGGCCCGUAACAAGUUUGAGGAGGCUGAGCGGUCCUUGAGGGACAUGGAGGAGUCCAUCAGGAACCUGGAACAGGAGAUUUCCUUUGAUUUCGGCCCCAACGGGGAGUUCGCCUACCUAUACAGCCAGUGCUAUGAGCUCACCACCAAUGAGUACAUCUACCGGCUCUGUCCCUUCAAACUUGUCUCACAGAAACCCAAGCUCGGUGGUUCCCCAACCAACCUCGGCACUUGGGGCUCAUGGGCCGGCCCGGAACACGACAAGUUCAGCAUCAUGAAGUACGAGCAGGGGACGGGCUGCUGGCAGGGCCCCAACCGCUCCACCACUGUGCGCCUGCUAUGUGGGAAAGAGACAGUGGUGACCAGCACCAUGGAGCCCAGUCGCUGCGAGUACCUCAUGGAGCUGAUGACACCAGCCGCCUGCCCAGAGCCGCCCCCUGAACCGCCUGCCAAUGGCGACCACGAUGAGCUCUAGCCCUGCCCAGCAUAGAGAACCUCAAGGCAUGGAACCAGCCCCCAGCAGUGCCACCCACUCACUCCACAGUCUGUGGAUCGAGACCUGCCCCCUCUGAGUCUUCUCGUCCUUCCCAUGGGGGCAGGAUUUGUGAGGAGCUCCCUGCCCUACUCUUGGCCCCAGCAGCCCCCAAAGAUGGACUAAAGGAGCACACCCUCCCCAGGCCCAGCCUGAUGGCUCACUGCCCAGCCUGCCCCGCCCCCUGCCCAGGGCAUCUACCUCCCCUCCUGGUGGGGACAGUGAAUUGACUGUGACUUCGAAACAAUAAACAUGAACCUCCAACCCA